ACAUUGGGAGUCUAGUUGUGUGGAUCACAACACAGUUUUGUAGUUGAGGGAGUACACACCAGGUUUGUGGACAGUUGAGAAUUUCUGAAGGUCCUACCAUGGUGUUCCAACUCUUUGUGGUUUUGGCUCUGGCUCAUGCAGGCUUGGCCAAAGUAAGCCCAAACUUUAGUGACUGUCUGGGCCAGUUCUAUGCCAGCAAACCUCCUGUUGGGUUUACCAGUCUCUCAGGUACCAUGACCCCCAUCUGCCAGAUGUAUGAGACCUACAACAAUCCCUUCUUCGCCUCCCUGUAUCACAAGGGAAACCGGUAUGGUCUGUAUUCUGCUUAUAUCUUGGACAGAAGACCUGGAGAUGUCACAGGAGGUGACCAGACUUUCCGACUGGAGCCACAGCUGGUGGACACCAGGCUUCCCAAAGAAAUAAUGCUCCAGCCUGCAACCGAAACUGCAAUUCGCAACCUCGGCCUCUCUGGUGUUGCCACAGACCUCAUCAAAACAAAUCAGGCCAUCAACUCUGAUUACACGGGAAGCAACUACCACAAAGGACACCUGAACCCCAAUGCCGACCAUCCUGAUGGGCCUAACCAGAAAGCCACCUACACUCUGACCAAUGUGGCUCCCAUGUUUGGGUCCCUUAACAGCGGUGCCUGGAGAAACAAUGAAAACAGAGUACGGGAUAUUGCAGCUACUUGUGGUAAGAUGUACGUGGUGACUGGCGUGGUGCCCGGAAACAACUGGAUCUCUGUCAAUGGUGUGAACAGGAUCAACAUUCCCAGCCACGUAUGGAGUGGCUAUUGCUGCCUGAACAACAACAACCAGCCCAUAAGAGCUGAGGGUGCCCUGGCGCCAAACAACGCCAACUCAGUGCAGGUGAUUAGCAUUGCAAGCCUGCAAAGCCAGCUGAAAUCACUGCUUGGUGUCACUGUCACCCUGUUCCAGAACAACUGCAGUUAAUCAGUGCACAAUAAUAAAUAUUCUAAACUUCCA